GGGAGGGGCCGUGGGGGCUGCCUUGCGCUGGUCGCAGCUCCGGAAAGGUUUUUGUAGGGUCCACCCUGAUCCGUUUUCAUUGGUGAGUCAGUGUCGGGACAGCUUUCGGCUAAAUAUAUCUUAACUGGACCGAAGAAAACCUGAGACAAACGCUGCUUUUCUGUCGCUGUUGGAUUUGUUGGAGGCUGUGGGUACCUGCUUGGUUGUGCUUGCAGCGAUAGCUCUGUGCCAGAAGACGGUGACUUCCAGGAGCUCCUCAUUACUUCCCUUAAGGAGGUUCUGUAACAGUGAUGAUAUAAUUGGGAUUGGCUUAUUUACCUAGAGAGUAUCCUGUUUCAAUCUAUUUCCUUAAAGGGAUGAAGAAAGGACCAGAAAGCGGAACAUGUAUGCUUGCUGCUCCAGGCAGUUUAGUGGAGUCAGAUCCAGACACUAACAGCAGCAAUGGAACCUCAGCAAGAGAGAAAGACAGUCUUCCUUCUCCCAGAGAACUGGAAAAUGUACCGGUGAAAACCAGCACAGAAACAUCCAGAAAAAAACUCUGUGGUUAUUUAAACAAGUUGGGCAUCAAGGGGCCAAUCAAGACCUGGAAGUCUCGCUGGUUCUUUUACGAUGAAAACAAAUGUCGCUUACUGUACUACAGAACUGCCCAGGACAUUAAUCCUUUGGGGUCUAUUGAUCUCUCCAGUGCCAGCUUUGACUGCAAAAUGGAGAAUGGGGAAGGAGUUUUUGAGAUCAGAACACCAAGCAGAGCUUUUACUUUGAAGGCAAUCAGCAAACAAGCAAUGAUGUACUGGCUGCAGCAGCUGCAAAUGAGACGUUGGGAAUUUUGCAACACUCAGAGCAGAUUUCCUGUGGGCAGCUCCCAGCUUGUGAAUGAACCUCUGGCUGGAAGAACAAAUGUAGUUGACAAUGAAGACUUUCUGCCUCUUGUGAAAACACCAACAGAAGCAGUGGGUUUAAAGGCAGCAUCUUUGCCUGCACCCCAAACAUCUACUGCUUUGCAGAACAUCUCCCUUAAGCACCCUUGGACAGAGAUACAAAACACUGUCUACAAUAUUUGUGGCUCCAAGCAGCUCUGGGGGAGCAAUGGGAAUGUCUUUAGCUUUGAUGAAUUCCAAGAGCAUCCUGAGAAUGUGGAUGAGGAGCAAGAGGCAGAAGGCGCAGUUAAAGAAGGGACCCUGGAAGAUGGGAGGAUGGGGCCCAGGCUGAACUGGAUUAGGAAGGCCAGGUGGAUGAACAGUGGCUUCCCAGGCUCUGAAGAAUUGUUGAGGGAGAAGAACUCAGUGGAUAAAGUGGGUGUCCUUCAGCAACAGAUUCUGACGCUCACAGAGGAAGUCAAGUCACAGAAGGAACUAGUCAAACUUCUCCACAAAGCUCUGGAGGCAGCCCAGCAGGAGAAGCGAGUAUCUAACAUGUAUCUCACUGCAACAGAAGACAAGGACAGGCUGGAGCUGGUGCGCCACAAAGUGAGACAAAUUGCAGAUCUGACCAGUCGACUGGAAGCUCUUGAACAAGAAAAGAAGGAACUGGAGCAGAUACUGACUUUGAGAGACAGCCAUAUCCAGGAGCUCAAGGAACACGUGCAGCUUCUGAUGGAGAAAAACCAUGCCAAACAAGAAGUCAUCAUGACCUUGACAGAACAGAUGGCCCGAGAGCUCUCUGACCCCCUGCAAGAAGCCAACACUAUCACUGUAGAGACAUUGUAUAAGCAGCAGGAGGAGAUUGAGCAUCUGAAGGAUGAUAUUGAUGCAUACAAAACCCAGAACCAGUUUCUCAAUUCUGAGAUCCACCAGGUUACUCGACUCUGGACAAGUGUUGCUGAAAAUGAAAAAGCUCUCCUGAUGAAGUGUGCCUGCCUGCAAGCAAGAAACUGCCAGAUGGAGAGCAAAUACUUGACAGUCUUGAGAAAGCUGCAGGAGGCUGUGCCUGGCCUGCCCAGCUCGCACGCUGAAUUGGUGAAGAACCUCAUCCAGGAAGCUCUCCAGUGGGAUGUGAAGGAAGAAGCAGAAGAAGGUUUUAACUUGAACCCUGUAAGUGAGUAUGAUGAGUAUGGGUUUAUGACUGUACCUGACUAUGAAAUUGAGGACUGGAAACUCCUGGCCAAAAUUCAAGCCCUUGAGAUAAAGUCCAACAAACUGCGGAGCCAGGAAAUAGUGGAGAAGCCCCUCCGUGACAGAUGGAACAGCAUUGGCGAGCUGAACCCCUGUGCAGAGCUGAAGAGUCUGAUCCGAAGCGGCAUCCCAGUGGAGCACCGGCAGCGGGUGUGGCGGUGGAUGGUCAGCCGGCACUGCAGCCCAGCGCCUGGCCACUACCAGCGGCUGCUGGAGCAGAGCAGGAGCACCGAGCACCCGGCCUGCCGCCAGAUUGAGCUUGACCUGCCCCGCACACUGACCAACAACAAGCAUUUCUCCUCUCCCACCUCCCAGCUCAUCCCCAGGCUCCGGAGGGUGUUAUUAGCAUUCUCCUGGCACAAUCCUGCCAUUGGAUACUGCCAGGGACUGAACAGAUUGGCAGCUGUUGCUCUUUUGGUCCUAGAAGAUGAGGAAAGUGCUUUCUGGUGUCUAGUUUAUAUUGUGGAGAACCUAAUGCCGGCAGAUUACUACAGUGAAACACUAAUAACAUCACAGGUAGAUCAGAGAGUCUUCAAAGACUUCCUGUCCGAGAAGCUGCCUCGCCUCAUGGCUCAUUUUGAACAGUAUCGCAUUGAUGUCUCACUCAUCACCUUCAACUGGUUUCUGGUGGCCUUUGUGGACAGCCUGGUCAGCGACAUCCUCCUGCGAGUGUGGGAUGCCUUCUUGUAUGAAGGAACUAAGGUCAUUUUCCGCUAUGCUCUUGCGAUUUUUAAAUACAAUGAGGAGGAAAUCCUAAGAAUUCAUGACAGUGUGGAGAUCUACCAGUACCUACACUUCUUCACGAGGAUGAUCACGGACGGCAGGAAACUGAUGAACAUUGCCUUCAAUGACUUAAACCCCUUCCCCAUGAAACUGCUGAGGAACCGUCGGUCAAUGCACAGAGAAGAGCUGGAGGCAGAGCUGUGUGAACUUCAACAGAUCAAGGCAGCCUAUGUGAAAGAGAGAGCAGAGCAGGUACCUCAGGACCUGGAGGAGGUUGUUAGUGAAGAGGAGGAAGAGAGCUAACGAAAAGAGUUUAUCAUCACUUCCCUCCCAUACUGAAGAAGGUCAUCAGUAGCAACUGUCAGUAAGAAAUGGACCGGAGGGGGAAGUGUGGUCACAGGAGAUCAUCUGCCCCAAUAAGCAAGGCUGUAGUUAUGGGACCAUAUGAAGUCAGAUUUAUAAUGGAUUGGAUGGUGUCUGAGGAGUUUAAUCCUCUUCUUUAUUCCUCCCCAUUUAGCCCAUCCUGUCCUGUGCAGUUCAGGAUUACAGCUGAGGGUGCAGAAGAAAUAUCAGUUGUGGUGUCAUGACAGGAACUGACAUGAUGCAAAAGAUCUAGCAGGGUUUUUAUACAUUUUCUGAUGGAGGCUUGAAUGAGAUCUUUACCUACAAGUAAAAUCUCCAGAGAUAAUGAACCAAGAACACUCCGUUGUUACCUAAACACAAUGCCAGAUCCUGCUGCCCCACUUUCCUGCUGAGUGGUGUAUCACUCCAGGUGUGCCUGCAGUGCUGGCACUGACAGCAUGCAGCAGACCCUGCUACAAGGAGGCUCUGCUCUAUGUUUUAGACUGACCUUGAAUCCAAGUGGCUUAUGCCUUCUUUAAAUAUCUGGUGGUUGAUAACCCAACCCUUCAAGUUGUCAGUGCUUGUAGAGGAAGGAAUGGGAGAAAUUCAUAGCCUACAGUAUUCUCAGCCCCACGGGCUGUAGCCAAGAUGACAGACUCUAGGGGAAGCGUUACCUAUUCACCUGAGACACAUGGUCCGCCUCACUGGACAAGUCAGCCAGUUUCAAUGCAUUAUAGAAGACUGAGAUGGGAGAGAGCUGUGGAGGCACCAGCCACACAGCAGAGAAGUAAUCAAAGUGGAAGUGAAGUUUUGAGACGAGUGGAUAGAUCCCCCUGAAGGUCACCGAGAGCUGCACAUAUUAAAAGCGUGGGAUGAGAAGAAAAUGUUACUGGAAGCCUACUACAGUAUCUCAAAAAAAAUGAGUUCAUUCUAGAAGUAUGCCUUGUAUAUAGAGAAGUCUAAAAGGCAAGUUUUUCUCCACAGAAGAUAUUGCUAAUCUAAUUUAUUUAUACUCUUACGUUCACGAGUGCACACAGAAUUUUGCUGUUGUUACAGAUAUUAUCUUCUCAAUCGAGACCAUGAAAAUUAAAAGCUUACUCACAAUUUUGUUUCCUAGAGCUUUCUGCAACAGCUUAAAAAUCUUUCCUCCUGACUUGGCCUUAUGUUUAAUAAUAAAGACAUUUGAAACAUGUAUUAUUAGACUAAACCACAGCCUGACAUAUGUCUACAGUAUAUAAUAAACAUUGGUCCAUGUGAUACAUAAACUCUUCUGAUGUAGACAUAAGGAUCAAAGUAUUGAUCCUGAUGGGGAAUUCUGAAAAUAAUUUUUAAAUUAAAUCAGAAGGGAAGGACAUGUGAGGGUUGUUAUAAGUUUCUUUUAUUUUGUGUCUUCCUCAGCACUUGUUUUGGUCCACAUGUAUUGGCUGAGGACCAUCUUCUCUGGUCAUAUUGCUAACCAAUCACUUGUGGUCAUUCUUUAUUAAACUGUGAUGAAUGCUGGAA